CCAGUGUUUGUUGAGUCUCUUAUGUGCUGACGCUGCUGGACGCUGGGGAUGCAAAGCUCCGUCGGGGCCAUGUCGGAGCGAGAGGAGCGACGCUUUGUGGAGAUCCCUCGGGAGUCCGUGCGGCUUAUGGCAGAGAGCACCGGCCUGGAGCUGAGUGACGAGGUGGCAGCUCUGCUGGCCGAGGACGUGUGCUAUCGUUUGCGAGAGGCCACGCAGAACAGCUCUCAGUUCAUGAAACACACCAAGCGGCGGAAGCUGACGGUAGAGGAUUUCAACCGGGCCCUGCGCUGGAGCAGCGUGGAGGCUGUGUGUGGUCACGGGUCCCAGGAGGCACUGCCGCUGCGGCCCGCCCGGGAAGGGGAGCUCUACUUCCCUGAGGACCGCGAGGUGAACCUGGUGGAGCUGGCGCUGGCCACCAACAUCCCCAAAGGCUGCGCUGAGACGGCUGUGCGAGUUCACGUCUCCUAUCUGGAUGGGAAAGGGAAGCUGGCCCCCCAAGGCUCCGUGCCCAGCGCCGUGUCUUCCCUGACGGAUGACCUUCUCAAGUACUACCAGCAGGUGACCCGGGCCGUACUGGGGGACGACGCGCAGCUGAUGAAGAUUGCUCUCCAAGACCUGCAGACCAACUCCAAGAUCGCAGCGCUGCUGCCUUACUUUGUGUAUGUGGUCAGUGGGGUGAAAUCCGUCAGCCACGACCUGGAGCAGCUGCACCGGCUGCUGCAGGUGGCCCGGAGCCUGGUGCGGAACCCGCACCUCUGCCUGGGGCCCUACGUCCGCUCUCUGGUGGGCAGCGUCCUCUACUGUGUCCUGGAGCCCCUGGCUGCCUCCAUCAACCCCCUGAAUGACCACUGGACCCUGCGGGAUGGCGCUGCCCUCCUACUCAGCCAUAUCUUCUGGACUCACGGAGACCUUGUCAGUGGCCUUUACCAGCAGAUCCUGCUCUCCCUGCAGAAGGUCCUGGCGGACCCCGUGCGGCCUCUGUGCUCCCACUACGGGGCCGUGGUGGGCCUGCACGCCCUCGGCUGGAAGGCAGUAGAACGGGUCCUGUACCCACACCUGUCCACAUACUGGACGAAUCUGCAGGCUGUACUAGAUGACUACUCGGUAUCCAACGCCCAGGUUAAAGCAGACGGCCACAAAGUCUACGGAGCCAUUUUGGUGGCCGUGGAGCGACUGCUGAAGAUGAAGGCCCAGGCGGCGGAGCCCAGCAAGGGUGGCCCCAGCGGCGGCGGGUGGCGGCAGCGGGCCGAGGACUUGCCUUGGGACAGCCUUCUCCUCCAGGAGUCGCCGUCGGGGGGCAGCGCCGAGCCGGGCUUCGGGGCCGGCCUCCCGCCGCCGCCGGCCGCGGGCGCGGGCCCGGAGGACCCGUCGCCCUCGGUGACCCUGGCGGACAUCUACCGGGAGCUCUACGCCUUCUUCGGGGACAGCCUGGCCACCCGCUUCGGCACGGGCCAGCCGGCGCCCACGGCCCCGCGGCCGCCCGGCGACAAGAAGGAGCCGGCGGCCGCCCCGGACUCGGUGCGGAAGAUGCCGCAGCUGACGGCCCACGCCACGGCCAGCCCGCAGGGCGACGAGAGCCCCCGGGGCGGCGGCCCGUCGGCGUCCGCGCCCGCCUCGGCCGCCGAGAGCCGGCCGCUGCCGCGCGUGCACCGCGCGCGGGGGGCGCCCCGGCAGCAGGGCCCGGGCGCCGGCACCCGCGACGUCUUCCAGAAGAGCCGCUUCGCGCCGCGCGGCGCCCCGCACUUCCGCUUCAUCAUCGCCGGGCGGCAGGCCGGGCGGCGGUGCCGCGGCCGGCUCUUCCAGACCGCCUUCCCCGCGCCCUACGGGCCCAGCCCGGCCUCCCGCUACGUGCAGAAGCUGCCGAUGAUCGGCCGCACCGGCCGCCCGGCGCGCCGCUGGGCGCUCUCGGACUACUCGCUGUACCUGCCGCUGUAAAUAAAAGGCCGCGCCCGGAAGUGACGUCUGCGCGCUCGCGGGUCGCGCCGGGGGAGGCGGGGCUUGGGCGGUUGCUUCCGGCGGCGGCGCUUCCUGGUGCU